AUGGCUGCAGUUCAAAACAAACUUGCGAUGCAAGCUGGCCGCAUGUCAUUCAUAUCAUCUCUUUCUGCGGCUGCAGAAGCCGGUGUGUUUGAGACACUACCACUGUCUGCUGCCACAGCCAAACUCAAACUUCUCACCACCUAUUGGGAGAAAUUUGAAGCUGAUCACGAGAAGUUGCUCUCGUCCAAAACGGACGUCACAGUGGAGCACAAAUACUUCACUGACGGGUCCUUUGAGAUCACUCUCAAACAGUAUCAGGCUGCUUCAGACGGCCUCCACACCCGCAUCGCGGACAUUGAAGCAAGGUUACCAUCUCACGGCAGCGAUCUGGCCAACUCAAGCAUGAUCCAAUCAUCUCACCAUCGCACGUCGUUACCGACCAUCACCGUGCCGAAAUUCUCCGGCAAUUACCAGGACUGGAGACAUUUCCACGACUUAUUUGUAUCACUAAUUGGUGAAAAUCCAAAUCUCACCAACGUCGAAAAGAUGCAUUAUCUCAACUCAUGCUUGGUUGGUGAAGCAGCUCGUCUCACCUCAAACAUUAGCAUCACCUCAGAGUCAUUCGAGUCGGCCUGGGACACACUUGUCAGCCAGUACGAAAACAAAAGGCUCCUCAUCUCAACUCAACUGGAUAAGCUUUUCAGCCUACGUUCAGCUGAGUCAUCAUCAUCAAAGCAUCUCAAGACCGUUUUGGGCACGGCUAUUGAAGCCAUUGAUGCCCUGAAAGCACUGGGAUCACCAACCGACCAGUGGGAUCAGAUCCUCGUACAUCUCAUCUCACACAAACUAGAUCUGGCAACCUUGGAGGCUUGGGAAGUCAGUGUGGGGGCUACAACAGAGUUUCCCACCUUUGCAGAGCUCCGAACCUUCCUCCAAGGUCGAAUCCGAGCCAGAGAAGCGAUGGAGUGUGGUGUUUCCCCACGAAAACCACAAACUUUCAAACCAUCACCUCAAAACAAGCCACCGCCUGCAGCACGGGUACACAACCUGCAACAGGCGAAGACGGAGACGUUUAACCUCCCACCAUCAUCAUCUCAAUCACAGGCACCAGCUAAUCAGGGCCCACCGUCAGAGAGUAAGCAGUGUAAGCUGUGCUCACAGGGACAUUUUAUUGUGUACUGUCCCCAGUUCCGUGCUUACUCUCCUGACAAGAGACAUCAGUGGGUAACCCAGCGAUACCUAUGCAUCAAUUGUAUUGGGUCUCACAACAUCUCACAGUGUCACAACCCGAAAAAGUGUGCCUACUGUCAACAACAGCAUCACUCCAUGCUGCAUGGUGCCGCUGCUUUGGUCAAGACAGCACCAAAGAAGAAAACCACUACUUCAACACCACCAGCAGUAGCCCAAUCAUCUCCACAACCAGACGGCGAUGCACCGUCAGAAGCUGAUGCAACUCAUCUCAAACGCUCGACAACCAGUUCUCAUCUCACCUCAAGUGCAACAAAAGUUGACAUCAAUGAUGUCAAGUUAUCAUCUCAAUCAGCAGCACUUAACUCAGUACAAAUAAACCACUCGCAUGACAUCUCAAGAGCAAUAUCAGGACCCAGUGUCCUACUGGCCACUGCCAAGGCCGUUCUCAACUACGCAGAUGAUAAUCAUCAAAUUAUCCGCCUUCUCAUCGACCCUGGGUCAGAACUCACACUCAUAUCACGGACAAUAGUCAAUAAUUGUCAACUUGACAUCAUUUCAUCUCAAAUUCCAAUUGUUGGAGUUGGCAGUGUAUUAUCCGGAAGUACAUCUGGAGCUGUAAACAUCUCACUCACCUCACUUCACUCUGAUGAUAGUGUUAUCAUCUCUGCACACAUUCUCAAUAAACUUACAGCUGAGCUGCCAGCUGUUUCAAUCAAGAAACAUUCGUGGAAUCAUCUCAACAAUCUGCAAUUAGCUGAUCCAGACUAUUUUAAGUCUGAUAAAAUUGAUCUACUUAUCGGCGCAGAUUGCUAUGGGACAAUCAUUAAACCUGGAGUGCAAACUGGUUCACUUGGUGAUCCAGUUGCCAUCAAAACAAUUUUUGGCUGGUCCAUACUUGGUCCAGUAUCAUCUCAAUCACAACAAUCACCAAGCAGAUCUCACCAUCUCAUAUCCAACGAUCAACUUCAUGAUUCAAUCGUCAAGUUUUGGCAACUUGAAGAAGUCCCAUCGCAUCUCAACGAGUCUCUCACAGUAGAAGAAGCUGAAUGUGAGUCUCACUUUCAAUCAACUCACUCUCGUGAUCACACUGGUAGAUAUACCGUGCGAUUACCAUUUAAAUCAUCAUCUCAGCAGCUUGGACAUUCAAUACACAUUGCCACCAAGUGUUUAAAUCGACUAAUAAAAAACAUCUCACAGAAGCCUGAGUUUAAUCAUCUCUACAAGGACUUUCUCACGGAGUAUGAGGCCAUGGGUCACAUGCAAAAGGUCCCAGAUGCAUAUCAAUCAUCUCACAUCACCUACUAUCUACCUCAUCACGGUGUUCUUCGUGAAGAAAGCACAACAACUAAGCUGAGAGUGGUUUUCAACGGCUCCAGUAAUACAACCUCAGGCAUCUCACUCAAUGACACACUUCACACGGGUCCAAAACUGCAGUCUGACAUUUUUGAUGUCUUACUGUAUGUCAGAAGACACCAAUUCAUCUUCACCACAGACAUCACAAAGAUGUUCCGUCAAAUCAAUGUUCACCCAGAUGAUUGGGACUAUCAACGGAUCCUCUGGGUAGAUGAUGACAAUCAACCUCAAUCAUAUCAUCUCACCACCGUUACAUACGGCACGCGUCCAGCACCAUACCUUGCUGGCCGUGUUCUCAAACAGCUGAUCAUCGAUGAAGGAGAUAAGUAUCCACUAGCUGUUGAACCUUUUGAAAAAGGCAGCUACGUGGAUGAUAUCUGUGGAGGCGCUGAUAACGUCAAUCAUCUCAACAACAUCGCAUCUCAAGUGGAAGCAAUAUGUCUUGCUGGUUGUUUUCCACUAGCCAAGUGGAAAAGCAACCAUCCUCAGUUCAGCAAAUUGUCAUCAUCUAACAUCUCAAAUUCACACGAGUUCAACGAAUCUACAUCCAAAAUUCUUGGACUUUCCUGGAAGUGUCAACCAGAUCACCUCACAUUUACUGGUCAUACAUCUCAAAAGGCUGCCAUCACCAAAAGAUCAAUUUUAUCUGAAACAGCCCAGUUAUUUGAUCCACUGAGACUCAUCUCACCUGUAGUCAUCAAAGCCAAGAUCUUGAUGCAAGAUCUAUGGCUAGAAAAAAUUGGAUGGGACGAUUCACUCUCACCUGAGAUAAUUCACCGUUGGAAGAAAUUCCGAGAUGAAUUACCUGAAUUAUCUCAACUUAAAAUUCCUCGCUGGCUAAACAUCUCAUCAGACACCUCGAACAUCGAGAUACAUGGAUUUUCUGAUGCGUCACAGCAUGCCAUGGUCGCUGCUGUCUAUAUCAAGACUCAUCAUCAUCUCACACCAGCUAAAAUCACUCUUGUCUGUGCAAAGAAUCGAGUUGCACCACUGAAACGUCUCACCAUUCCUCGUCUCGAAUUAUCAGCAGCUCUUCUUCUCACUGAACUCAUCUCACACGUACAAACAACUCUUAAUCUCCAAGAUGUUCCAGUUUAUCUCUGGACAAACUCAGCGGUGGCCCUUGUCUGGAUCAAACAAGAACCAAGUAAAUGGAAAGAGUUUGUAAAAAACAGAGUUCAAUCCAUUCAACAAAACCUACCAGCAGCCAACUGGCAAUUCAUCUCAGGAAAACAAAAUCCUGCAGACUGUGCUUCCAGAGGCUUAACUCCAUCUCAACUUCAAUCUCAUCAUCUCUGGUGGUCAGGUCCAACCUGGUUACUAGAGCCAUCUCACCAAUGGCCAGAAUUUACAUCUCAAGACGAUCCUGAAGUGGACACUGAACGAAAAUCCGCUCAAUCUCAUCUCGCAGUCACCAGUCCAAGUUUACCACUUGGUGACUUGCUUGAAUCAUCAUCAAGUCUCACAAAAUUGCUGAGAGUCACUGCAAUUGUUCAGCGCGCAGUUGCAGUCUUCAAGAAAAUUCCUGCAUCAUCUCUUCACAUCUCACCACUAACACCAGCUGAUUUACACUCAGCCUUGUACUUCUGGAUCAAAAUAACUCAACAAGAAUAUUUCAAGAACGAGAUUUCACAGUUAUCUCAAAACAAACCGUUUUUGAAAUCUCAUCCGUUCUCACGUCUCACCGCUUACAUCGAUUCUACGAAUAUUGUACGAGUUGGUGGACGACUGCAAAAUUCUCAUCUCGACACGGACAGCAAGCAUCCACCCAUACUACCAAAGAAUUGUCAUCUCUCUCAUCUCAUCAUCUCUGAUGCGCAUGCUCGCACAAUGCAUGGAGGUACGCAACUGACGCUAGCUGCCGUGCGCAAGAAGUGUUGGAUAUUUGGGGGUAGAAUCCCAAUUAAAUCUCACAUUCAACGCUGUGUUGUCUGUGUAAGACAGAGAGCUCAGCGAUCUCAACAGUUGAUGGGUCAACUGCCUACAUCUCGAGUCUCACCCUCACUCGUCUUUGAAAGCACUGGCGUAGACUACGCUGGGCCUGUGCAGCUCAAAUACUUUCAAGGACGAGGUACACGUUGCUACAAAGGCUGGAUUGCAGUCUUUGUAUGCUUCUCAACCUCUGCAAUUCACUUGGAAGCUGUAAGUGAUUACACUGCAGAGGGAUUUCUCAAGGCGUUCAGGAGGUUCACAAGUCGGCGUGGCAUCUGCAAAACCCUUUUCAGUGACUGUGGAACGAACUUUAAAGGGGCAGAUGUCAUUCUAAAACAACUUCUCUCUGGUGCACUCAACGAAUCAUCUCAUCUCCAGCAAGUUCUCACCUCAGACGGAACGCAGUGGAUUUUUAAUCCACCUGGUGCUCCACACAUGGGUGGCAAGUGGGAAGCCGCUGUAAAAUCUGUCAAACAUCAUCUCCAACGCACCAUUGCUGACCUACUUCUCACCUAUGAGGAUUUUUCAACAUUCCUCACUCAAGUUGAGGCUCUAUUAAACUCAAGGCCACUCAGUGCACUUACUGAUGACCCUGAGGACAUCUCAGCUCUCACCCCGGGUCAUUUUAUCCGUGGUGCGCCACUCAACACAGUACCUGAACCUUGUCUCACCAGUGUACCAACAUCUCGUCUCUCACUUUAUCAACGAAUUCAAGAAAGACUUCAGUAUUUCUGGGAACGCUGGUCUGCUGAAUGUCUGCAAUCUCACCAAUCCAUCUCAAAGUGGCAUACAUCUCACCAUGAUAUCCAGAUUGGUUCAUUGGUUCUCAUAGUGGACGAGAGGUAUCCACCAUCCAAAUGGCCUCUUGCCAGAGUUACUCAUCUCCAUCCUGGUAGUGAUGGUCUUACCAGAGUCGUCACUGUCAAGACUGCCACCUCAUCAUUCACCAGACCAGUCACUAAGCUGGUUUUGUUACCUAUCUCAACCGCCAAGGAAGAUUCUCAUCUCUAA